AAAACAUUUCACAAACGACUAACGGAAGUUUAUACACAGUUACCGUUCCUAGGCCAAACGAAUUCCACAACAAUGGCUAGAAUGAAUGCUCCAAUUAUUCUCCUGAAAGAAGGAACUGACAGCUCUCAGGGUAAACCUCAGAUACUUAGCAACAUAAAUGCUUGCUUGACUAUUGCUGAUGCUGUUAGAACAACUCUUGGGCCCAGAGGAAUGGACAAGCUUAUUAUUGAUGAAAAAGGAAAUGUUGUGAUCUCUAAUGAUGGUGCUACCAUUCUUAAAACAUUGGACAUCAUACACCCAGCUGCCAAAACUCUGGUUGACAUUGCCAAAUCCCAAGAUUCUGAGGUUGGUGAUGGAACAACUUCAGUGACGCUUCUGGCUGGCGAGUUUCUUAAACAGUUUAAGCCAUUUGUUGAAGAAGGUGUGCAUCCACAAGUCAUUGUGCGUGCUGUACGCAAAGCAUUAGCUAUGGCUCUGAAAAAGAUUAGUGAUAUUUCAGUUCACAUAAAGAAGGAUGACACAAAAGAACUGAGAGAACUUUUAGAAAAAUGUGCUGCUACUGCUUUGAGUUCCAAACUGGUUGCUGGACAUAAGGAGUAUUUUUCUAAAAUGGUUGUUGAUGCUGUCCAAAUGUUGGAUGAUCUCUUACCUCUCAACAUGAUUGGUAUUAAGAAAGUCCAAGGUGGUGGACUUGAAGAAUCUCUUCUUGUUGCUGGAGUGGCUUUUAAAAAAACAUUUAGUUAUGCUGGUUUUGAAAUGCAGCCCAAAAAGUAUCAAAAUCCUAAGAUUGCUCUUCUGAAUGUUGAGUUGGAAUUGAAAGCUGAAAAAGAGAAUGCUGAAGUUAGAGUAGAAUCUGUACAGGAGUAUCAAAAUAUUGUUGAUGCUGAGUGGAAAAUUCUGUAUGAGAAACUUGACAAUAUUCAUAAAUCUGGAGCAAAGGUGGUUCUUUCUAAACUUCCAAUUGGUGAUGUUGCAACUCAGUAUUUUGCAGACAGAGAUAUGUUCUGUGCUGGGCGGGUUCCAGAAGAGGACAUGAAGCGUACCAUGAAAGCUUGUGGUGGUUCAAUUCAAACUUCAGUACAGAACCUUACUCCCGAUGUUCUUGGAUCAUGUGAAUUAUUUGAGGAGAACCAGGUUGGCAGUGAAAGAUUCAAUAUUUUCAAAGGCUGCCCACAAGCAAAAACUUGCACUAUUAUCAUCAGAGGAGGAGCUGAGCAGUUUAUGGAAGAAACUCACAGAUCUUUACAUGAUGCUAUAAUGAUUGUUAGAAGAGCAAUGAAGAAUGAUUCUGUAGUUGCUGGUGGAGGUGCUAUUGAAAUGGAAUUGUCAAGUUACCUGAGAGAGCAAUCGAGAACUAUUCAAGGCAAAGAACAGCUUCUCAUUGCAGCAUAUGCUAAAGCACUAGAAGUUAUUCCUAGACAGCUGUGUGACAAUGCUGGAUUUGAUGCAACAAAUAUUCUUAAUAAAUUGAGACAGAAACAUGCAACAGGAUCAAGGUGGGCUGGUGUGAAUAUCUUGCAAGAAGAUAUUUCAGAUAAUUUUGAGGCAUUUGUUUGGGAACCUGCUGUUGUGAAAAUUAAUGCACUAACUGCUGCAUCUGAAGCAACCUGUCUUAUUCUAUCUGUUGAUGAAACCAUUAAGAAUCCAAAAUCUGCACACGAUGCACCUAUGGGUAGAGGUCGUGGACGGCCAAUGUGAUCAAUUUUUUAAUGUAUUUAAAUAAAAUUAAACCUCAUUAAUAUUGAGCAAACUGGCCAAUUUUAUUUAAACAUUUAAGGAAAGCAAAUUCAUUCCUUGUUUUGCUGCAUAGUUUGCUCAUCAUGCUAUUUCCUUUUAUAAUUGCUGUUGCUUGGCUACAAUUAAGUACAUUUAACUUAUUUCUAAAUGAAUGAAACCACUUUGUGAUCAACUAUUUCAUUUUCAUUGCCAAGUGCAGGCAUUUAGAAAGGAAACAUUUGUAUUGUUUGGCUAAUCUGGAUGAAUUUUUUUUAACUAAAAGUUUAAGUUCUAUGCAUGGUUGAGUAUGUAUUAAAGUCUGUUUUAUAUAUU